CGAUGAGUACCAGCUGUACGAGGAGCUGGGAAAGUAAGUUGGCUUCAUUUGCUAAACACGUGUAUUCGGAAUUCCUCGUUAAAGUCAAGCCGAAGCUGCUCUGGGAUUUUACUAUCGCUGGCUUAGACAUGACGAUACCUCCGCGGGAGAUGAGCUUGAAAAAAACGUGCAAAGAAGCAGAAGACAAAAGAUGACAUAUGACAUAAGGAAGAACAGGAGGGGAAAUGACAUGGCAGCCCUCCAGAGAUCCUCACUGUAAGUGCAGGGAGGUUGGGCAGGAUAAGAGAAGAGGAAUCGCCUCCUCCUGAUUCCUCCCAUCUGGUGUCACGCCGGCCCACUCAGCUGUUCACUGUACCGGUAAAAACCCGGUCCUUUACAGGCCUCUUCCUUCUUCUUCUCUGCCAGUAAUGGAGAAAAAAGACUGGAUACAUUUCAGCUACCUCUCCACCUGUCACAUGCCAUGGUUCGUGAGGGAAAUCAGAGGCAAUGGAAGGUUGGACAAUGCUGGACUACAGUUUCAUGAUGUCAGGACUUCAGCCCUCAGGGUGACCUUUCCAUUUCCUCCAAGAGGAAUGUGGAAGGUGUGUGUGUCGGGAUGAGACCAAUAUUACUGUGACAAUGUUGCGUUACUUAAAAGCAAUAUUGUCAGUGUGGUCCACCUGUGAUAUGAUGUAGAGACUGAUCACAUAUAUUUACUGGUGAAUGAGUCAGUGCUACUCUGGAGGUUGUUUGAUCUUUGAUUAACACAAGAUUCCACACAAAUAAGAGUGAAUAUGAGAAUGUGAAGGAAAUGUAAUGGCAAAUUCCCAUUCAAGCCCCUUGGUUGCCACUUUUUCUUUUAGUUUUGACACGUUUCUAGUCUUUACAUAUCCACUAUGCAUCCACCUCAAGAACUGGAGGAUACUUGCAAAUGUAUAGUUUGAAGUUUAACUUAUUGUUCCAGUUCUCCACGCAGACAAUAAUCCUUCUUUCUGCGUGGGUGGAAUGCAUCUUGGGAAAGCAAAAACCACAAAUCAUACCUAAAUGAAUGAAUGAUCCAAAUGGAUAUAAUCCACAUGCUCAAAGUGGGUAUUAUUAUUAUUCUUGUUUUGACAUAUUCACAGCAAGAUAGUAGACAUAGGCGACUGCAUGUUCAAACAACAUCUGGCUUUUAAAGGAGUAAUAUUGUCGGCUUAAUGGGAAGUUUUUGGCAAUUAUAUUGUAAAUGACUGCUGUCGGAGAAAAACCAAUUGUUUUAUGGUGCAUUCAGGCUGGACGCUAAGCCAAAUUAUGCAUUGUUCAUUUGUGCAGCGGUUUUUCCCCUUUACCUCAACCCACGCCCCCUAGAAUGAAGUCCUGUCUGUUCACGUCUGAGUAAAGAGCCCUCUUUAAAGGGCUUCUGCGAGGGCUUCACGUACCUCUCAGCACUGGAGAACAUUCUCAAUCCGUAGUGGGUUUUUUUUUUCUCCAAAUGACAGGAACAAACUGCUAUGUUUUACCUCCUGUUAAAAUGGUUGAAAUAAUGUGGCUAAACUGUUGGCUGUUGUGUAAUUAGAACAAUUUCACUGCCACAGACAAAUAGCUAUAGAAAAAAGAAAAGUGUCAUGUUGAUUAUCAGAGGCCGUUUUCCAAACAGAGCAUCUCUCCCAAUCAAUUAUGCUGCUGCAUGUGUAAAGAUAGAUGGACUUUAUAGUCUCAAGAGAGACCCUUCACAGCCUGCACACUAUCCUUCCUAGAAAGGUACAGAUACAUGCAGUACACUUGGCAUACAGUCAUAUUUACACAUAUACAUUCAUUUUACUGUUGAAAACCUCAGUGAUAUUGCUGUCGGUGUCAAACUCUAGCUGUAUGUUAUAUUACUACUGUAUGUGUGAAAAGAGUUUAACUGCAACAGUGAAAUCUCGCUCUCCACCGGCCUCCUGAGUCUUCACAUUGACCUUCGCUCCGUACCAUUCCCACCACCAGAUGGGAACGUUGGAUCGUCUCUUUAUAUGAACUCCACAAGCCGUCUGCACCUCGCUCCAAGACUAACAGAGGACAAAUGCACUGCUGUAUGUUACAAUAUAAAUCGCUGUCUCAAAAAUGUGGUUCCACUGUGUACUUAAUGACAGUGAAUAAUCUGUGAGCUGGGCAGGGCUGAAGGACAUGUUGCCAAAGUGUCACUCACUCGACCUACUGCGUGUACUGUUGUGCUUUUGCGUCGAUGGAUACCAGGCAGUAAAUAGGUGCUAUGACUGUCAUUUUUCCACCAAAAAAAAAAAAAAUGGAGAGAGGUUUAAGGUUCGAAACAAUGUCAAUCAGGAUGUUAGGGUUAGGAUUAUGUGUGUAUGAUAAUGCAUUGCUUAAUAUGCAUCACAAUAAUGACUCUUAAAGUUUAAUGUGCAAUUACACUGUACUUUAUUUUGCUUUUUUCUGCAUUAAACUGCAAAAAAAAUCUCCAUCUUAUCAAAUUAUUACAAUGUAAAUCAAAACAUUUUUUAUAUUAAUAUAUUUUCCUGCAGUGGUUUUGCAUGUUUUAGCCCAUUUACCAUUUACAAAUCAUAUAGAGUUUACAUCACAGCAAACCAUGGCUUAUAACUAAAGCAUAUAGGUGCAAAGUGUGUGAGACCAUGAUUUCUCCCCGUCCUCAGCAUAUUUGCCUUUACUCAGGAAAAUAGACAUAUUGGAAGUGUUUUUGUUUUUUUCCACCAGGAUUUCUCUGCAUUGAUCAUCUGCUAUGGCUAAGAAUGACUGAACCUGAACUGGAGAAACAGCGCCCUCUUCCUGUUAUGUACCAAUAAGAAAUCCAGCAGAUUUCUUCACAGAUCUGUCCAAUUCACUCACAAGAUGUAAAGUAGAUGCUUUUACGAUUCUUGAUGUUUGGUGAUAUUUGCGAAAAUAAUAUUCAGCUAUUCGAGGUCACGUACACGCACACAAACACAAGCGCUAACACCACCUCCCCUUCUCGUCUUUCCAUUUCACUCAUUUUCCAUUUUCUCCUUCAGGUGAUAGAUAGAUAGAUAAUCUCUGAUAAACUCAGUGCUGGCAAUGUCAACAGUCAAGUGCCGUCAAGAGGUUACUUCAGUAAAAGUACUCAUUAUGCCUAAUGGCCCUCGUCAGGGUUAGAUUAUUAUGUUGUAUUAUUGACACAUUAACAUACAAGUGGUAGUUUCAUGUUGUAGAUGGUCGAGGUGGAGCUACUUUUAACUGCUUUGUUAUGCACUGCGUUUAGUUUUUACACCGAUCACGUGUGUUACCCUGAAAAGUGCAAUAUUUCCCUCUGAAAUGGAGUGAAGUAGAAGUAUAAAGUAGCAUAAAAAGUAAAGUACAAGUUGUCUUAAAGUUGUAUUAAAGUACAAUACUUAAAAAAUAUACUUAGUUACUUUCCACCACUAGUUUUCAGCUCUUUCCACUGAUCUGAAGUGACCACAAAAAUGAUGAAUGCAGCUUUAAAGUUAAAGGAUGAGGACAGUCUUAUUUUCAAUUUGGCCUUAAGACAUAAUUGUUUAAAGAAAGGUCACAAAUAUAGUAUCAUUAAAAAAAAAAAAAGCAAAAUACUUUCCUAAAACAGCCGGGCACUGUCGAUUUUAGCUAACGUCACUCAAAGAGAAAUAAACGGUGCAUUCGUUGGGGACUAUUUUCGGCGGCGGAUUAACGCAAAUUUGGUGCUCUAAUGGGUACUUACACAGCAUGUGGAGUUGACUCAAAUUAAACAGUGCCUGUGUUCAUGGUGAUGAGGAACCAUGUCACCCAGUGCAACAGUGUGACUCGCUGAUAUGUUUUUAAUAGUUUUUCACAACAAUGGAGCUCUACGGCACAGAUGAAAAGGAGAUAUCAGCCAUUGGAUACACAGACAAAACGGUUCAUUGGUUUUAGUCUUUUCAUGGGAUUUGCCGACAGUAAGAAAGAUUCAGAAUAUCUCCAGCCUCGUCCUUUAAAGUCAGACUUAAAUAUGAAGCAAAACUGACUUUUAGAGGGACAAUAAUAUUGCUUUAAUCGUUUGUCUGUAACCAGUGGACACUUGGCAGUUUUUGAUAUGAAAGAUAUAGAUUCAGUAAACUCUUUAAUUACUGUUAGAGGUGAAACAAUAUAAGAUCAUACUACUUCUGGUUGUUGGUUCCCUAAUUUGCAUAUUAGUUCUAUGUUUUGUUUUACUAUGUUCUCUGCCGGAACCUUGGCUGCUAUGAUGUCAGUGGUCUGACACACUUCUAGAUUCUGUACUCUGUGAACCUGAGGUACACUUGUAGAUUCUCACACAUUUGGUACCUGAAUGUUCAGCUGACCAAACCCUCUACAAAGACGUGUUGGUUCACUCGUUGGUUAACAAACCCGUUUACUGUUUUUCUCUCGUUGGAGACUUGACGUCUCUUAAAAAUGGACACCGACUUCCUUUUUGAACAAGUCCAAGAAAUGAGACCGUCCCCCUUCUCAGAAGAGGAGUGGCACUGCUACCAAGUAGAAAAAAUGAUGCUGAGGCAGUUUAUGCUCAUGAAGCAACAGGAUCAAGUUCCUGACUACUUGUCUGUCAGAGACAUGAAGACCUGGCUGCUGACAGGAAGAAGCUUCCUGGAGGAGUUUCAGGAAGAAAUUGCAACGACAGAAAUUCAUCUCCUGUUCAUGGCUGAACUGGCCUGGACCACAGCGAGGCACUUCUGUCUCAAUCAGAUGGAACAAGAGCUCCUGGAAGAGCUGAACAAGGAAGAGCAGCUUUCACAGCUGUUGGGCAGGAAGGUCACAUUGGAGGGCGUUCAGAUGUUUGUUUCAGUCGUCCGCCCAGCAGCAGAGGAGGAGGUACGAAACCUCCUUCCAUCUCUGCACAGCAAGCUGCUGGGAAUCCUCUGUGGCAUUCAGACCACCAUCGGCUCACUCUCUGCAGGGGACACUAAACCCACAGAACUCCUGGCGCUCGAAGAGAGCACUGCGCCCCUGGUACCAGAGGUCGUGGAGACCACUCUGAAGUUCUUCCUGGAGGAACCAGAGCGGGAGAACAAGAGUGAAGCUGCCAGUGCUGAGAUUGGCAAACUGCUGGCUAACUCAGUAGCUCCCUGCCUCUCUCAGUUCGGAUCAGGCUCUGCAUCUCUUAUGCUUGGCAUCUGCACCGUUGGAGCCCGAUCCAUGGUCAAAGCCAUCUAUAAGACGGCUGUCAACCGGUCCAGGUCCUUCCACCAGAUGGACUACGAUCAAAGCUUUUUCUCUGCCAGAGAGGGCGUCAUCUCUGCCAUCCAAGACAUGGAGACAUGGAGACAUGGAGAGGGCGUCAUCUCUGCCAUCCAAGAAAUGGAGUACGAAGCACAGACUGAUGACGAGCUGGAAGUAGUGCAGCAGGUGGAAGUGGAUGCAUUUGAGAAGGAGAAAUCCCUGGUUCAGGACUGUGAUGUUAAGAAGACUGAAGUGCCAGGCUUCUUCCGUGGUUUGUGGGAGAUGAUGACAUGUUGCUUCUGCUUUUCCACUGAGGACUGAAUUACAGCUAUGCUCUGUAAUAUUC